AUGGGGAAAGUAACAGAUUCAAAGUUAAAACCACGUCAUAAUCCUUUAUUAAAAGAUAUAUCGUCCCUGGGUGGGAAUUUAAGAUCUACUCCAAGAACAACAACAAAAGCGAAGAAUACUAAAUCAAAAACUAAAAGAUCGGAAAAGGAACAAGAAGAAGGUUAUCUUGAUGCAGUAAGUUCAAGAAAAAUUUUACAAUUGGCGAAGGAGCAACAAGAUGAACUUCGAGAUGAAGAAGAACAAGAUGAAGAAGAGGGAGAGGUAAUACCUACAAGAUUCACACCUUCUAAUAUAGAGAGUGAUGAGGAAGAAGAAGAAGAAUCAGAUAUUGAAUAUUCAGACCUAGAAGAAGAAGAAAUAGUAUAUGAUGAUGAAGAAAUAGAAGUAGAUGAAAAAGACUCAGAAUUAUUUAAUAAAUAUUUUCAAUCAAAUGGAUCAUCAACAACGGCGGAAGAAGGACAAUCAAUAAAUUUAGCAGAUAAAAUAUUAGCUAAAAUUCAAGAAAAAGAAUAUCAACAACAAUUAUCAAAUACAUCACAAUCAAAACCGGAUAAUGAAGAUGCAGUAUUACUACCUCCAAAAGUUAUAAUGGCAUAUGAAAAAAUUGGUAAAAUAUUAUCAACAUAUACUCAUGGAAAAUUACCAAAAUUAUUUAAAAUUUUACCGAGUUUAAAAAAUUGGAAAGAUGUAUUAUAUGUAACAAAUCCUGAUAAUUGGACUCCUCAUGCAACUUACGAAGCAACUAAAUUAUUUGUAUCGAAUUUACAAUCAAAUGAAGCUCAAAAAUUUAUUGAAAUGAUAUUAUUAGAAAAAUUUCGUUCAUCUAUAGAAGAUUCAGAUGAUCAUCAUUUAAAUUAUCAUAUUUAUAGAAGUUUGAAAAAAUCAUUAUAUAAACCUGGUGCUUUUUUCAAAGGUUUCUUGUUACCUUUAGUUGAUGGAUAUUGUUCAGUACGAGAAGCUACUAUAGCUGCUUCUGUAUUAACGAAAGUUUCAAUUCCUGUAUUACAUUCAUCAGUUGCAUUAACUCAAUUAUUAACAAGAGAUUUUUCACCUGCGACAACUGUAUUUAUAAGAGUUUUAAUUGAAAAAAAGUAUGCAUUACCUUAUCAAACAUUAGAUGAAUUAGUAUUUUAUUUUAUGAGAUUUAGAAAUGUAACUCAAGAUUCCAUUGAAAUUGAUAAUGAAAAUAAAAAAGAUAUACCCCAAUUACCUUUAGUUUGGCAUAAAUCAUUUUUAUCAUUUGCUCAACGUUAUAAGAAUGAUAUAACUGAUGAUCAAAGAGAUUUUUUAUUAGAAACUGUUCGUCAAAGAUUUCAUCAUUCUAUUGGGCCUGAAAUUAGAAGGGAAUUAUUAGCUGGUAAACCUAGACUAAUUGGAAAUGAUCAACAACAACAACAGGAUGGUAUAAUGAUUGAUGCUUUUUAA